CUACCAUUCUUCUAUUAGCUUUCUUGCAAAAACAAAUAACAAAAUACCAUUGAGCAGCUUAGCUUCCAAAUCAAAUUCAGCAUCCAUGGGAGAGGUUGAUCCAGCUUUCAUCCAACACCCUGAGCACAGGCCCAAACUCUCCGUCCCCAAAGCUGAAGGCAUACCAUUGAUUGACCUGUCUCCCCUAAACUCCUCAGACAACAUUUCUGACCCUAAAGCCAUUGGAGGGGUAGUUAGAGAAAUAGGCAAUGCAUGCAAAGAGUGGGGGUUCUUCCAAGUGAUCAACCAUGGGGUGCUAUUGGAUAAGCGCAAAAAGAUCGAGGAUGCUGCUAGGAAAUUUUUUGCUCAGCCUUUGGAGGAGAAGAGGAAGAUCACGAGGGAUGAAAAAAGUUUGUUCGGUUACUAUGACACUGAGCACACCAAGAAUGUAAGAGACUGGAAGGAGGUGUUUGAUUUCGCAGUGGAGGAUCCAAUGUUAAUGCCAGCUUCCCUUGAUCCUGAGGACAAGGAAGAGACAAAGUGGACUAACCAGUGGCCUGAGUAUCCCCAAGAACUAAGGGUGGCGAGUGAAGAGUAUACUGAAGAAGUAGAAAAGCUAGCUCUAAAGUUGAUGGGACUUAUAGCCUUGAGCCUAGGCGUGCCAGCAGACAGGUUCAACAGCUACUUCAAAGAUCAAACAAGUUUUAUCAGACUCAACUACUAUCCACCUUGCCCUUCCCCUCAGUUAGCUCUCGGUGUUGGGCGCCACAAGGAUAGCGGUGCUUUAACUGUGCUUGCUCAGGAUGAGGUCGGAGGAUUGGAAGUGAAGAGGAAGAGAGAUGGAGAGUGGAUUCAGGUUAAACCUACCCCAAAUGCCUAUAUCAUCAAUGUUGGUGACAUUAUUCAGGUUUGGAGCAAUGACAGAUAUGAGAGUGUGGAACACAGGGUGUUAGUGAAUUCAGAGAGGGGAAGGUUUUCCAUUCCCUACUUUGUCAACCCAGCACACUAUACCCUAGUCAAGCCCUUGGAGGAGCUGACCCAUGAACAAGAAGACCCUGCAAAAUAUAAGCCUUACAGCUGGGGCAAGUUUUUGAGUCACAGAAAGCUCAGUAAUUUCAAGAAACACAAUGCUGAAAACAUCCAGCUUUAUCAUUUCAGGGUUUCGGAAUAAGUUAUGACCCCCCAAAAGAGAAAGACGUGUGCUAUCCUUUACAAUAAUUAGUCUAUGUACACAAAAAUAAUUGUGGGCUAACAUGGAUUUCUUACAAAUUUUUACCUAGUCGAAGGCAAACUUAGACGAUGCUACAUGUACCAUAUUUACUUACCGCAUUGUAUCCCAGAUUUCUAAUAAAGUGUGGAUCCACACACAAACUCUAUUAAA